AAAAAUCUACCUGAAGUCUAUGCGUUCUAAUGCAUCGGUUUAACUUAAGUCUGCAAAGUGCAGUGCAUGCCAAGCACAGUUUCAUAACAGCAGCACGAUCUUCUGCAGCACUGUCUUCAACACUUCUGACGAAGGAAUUUACUGGACAGAACUAUCCUCCACCAUGGCCGAAAAUGGAGAGAAACGCUCCAGAUCAAACAAGGUCAUCCUAGUCACUGGGGGAUCAGGAUUGGUCGGCCAGGCCAUCAAGAAGGUUGCCACGGAAACCAAGAGAGCCGACGAGGAGUUCGUAUUUGUCUCCUCCAAAGAUGCCAACUUGAAAUCAGAGGAAGAGACGAGAAAAUUGUUUGAGAAACACCGUCCGACGCACGUCAUUCACUUAGCAGCACUCGUUGGUGGUCUUUUCAGAAACCUGUCACAUAACUUGGACUUUUUGAGAGACAACCUCCGAAUCAACGACAACGUCCUCAACUGUGCCUUUGAGUUUGACGUGGAGAAGGUCGUGUCCUGUCUGUCGACCUGCAUCUUUCCGGAUAAGACGACCUACCCAAUUGAUGAGACUAUGAUCCACAACGGCCCACCCCACUCCUCCAACUUUGGCUACUCCUAUGCCAAGAGGAUGAUCGAUGUGAUGAACAGAGGUUACUAUGUGCAGCACAAUCGCAAGUUCACCUCGGUAGUCCCAACUAACGUCUUUGGUCCUUGGGAUAACUUCAAUCUUGAGGAUGGACACGUCAUACCCGGCCUGAUCAACAAAGUUUACUGCGCAAAACGAGACGGUACUCCGCUUAAUAUCUGGGGCACCGGCUCCCCGCGUCGACAGUUUAUUUACUCGGAGGAUCUGGCCCGCCUCUUUCUCUGGGUCGUCCGGGAGUAUGAGGAGGUGGACCCCAUCAUCUUGUCAGUGGGUGAAGAAGAUGAGAUCUCCAUACAGGAGGCAGCAGAACUCAUCGUCGAUGCUUUUGACUUCAAGGGGCCCAUUAUUAAUGACACCAGCAAAUCAGACGGCCAGUUCAAGAAAACGGCAAGCACUGUCAAGUUACGAAAGUACCUACCCGACUUCCAGUUUACUCCAAUGAAACAAGCUAUCAAGGAGACGGUGGACUGGUUUGUUGAGAACUAUGACGUCGCUCGCAAGUAACGGCGGAAGAUUCUCCAGAAAAUAUUCCACGGGUAAACAUGUCAGAAUCAACUGAUAUUGCUAAAGGCUGGUCAUUCCUAACAUGAGCAAUGGUCAUCUAACUUGGCUGGAAUUGAGUCUCCCACCGGAAGGAACAAUCUUAUGUAUCAUUUAGAAAGUUAGUUUGAGUAAGUUACAUGCGAAGAGUUUAUUUCCAAUAAUAUGAUAUCCGGUUCGUUAGUGUGACGUCACUUCAGUUUAAACCAUGCCUACUGGCCAUUAAGUAUCAUCGGAACCAUUGGAACAGGAAGUUUACGCAACACGAGUGUUUAUCCAAUCGGCACUAGUAAUCAGUGGUGAGCCCGUGUGUAUGACAAUUUUACUAACGAACUGGAUUUCCAUUGGGGGGAAAAAGUGAAAUAGUUGCACAGUUACGAUAAAUAGGUAUAGAACAUGCACAGUUAACAGCUGUUUCUCAACUCCUUUUAGCUUUAUGGGAUUCUUCAAUUGAGGUUAAACUAUAUGACAACUAUCAAAACUGAUUGUGGGCGGCCAGGGAGGGCGGAAUUCUGAAAGGUAACAAAAUGGCAUUUAUUGCAUUUUGGAAGCAAACUCUUCAUGUGUUUUGAUCAUAUUAUUUUACACAUUGUAUUCUUAAAGCUGAUUCACAGCUUGCGCGAAAGUGAACUAAGUUUAAUGGCAUCGACAACUAAUAACAUUUCAUUUUGACGCAUGCUGCUACUUUACUUAAUUCGGUUGGCACUGAAAUUCGAAACAGCCUUGAUGCUAGUCUUUUAUCUCUUGAAUUCAGUUCAACUUCAACUGUGCCAAUUAAACAGUCUGAACCGGUUGGCAUGGGUGGCUGGUGCGUAAUGCGCUUGCCUCUAACCAAGCACUCGCCUUUUACAUGUACCAGUGUGGCCCGGGUUUGAUUUCUGACUCGGACCAUAAUGGGUCAUACGUUGGCUGCCUUAGGCACCUUUACAUGCCUUCAGCUCAUAGCCGCGUCCUUCGCAAUUCAGUUUUCAGCUGCAACUAAGGAAAAUUAGCCCCAAAGUCAUUACUGUUAUUAUUGGUUAGCCUCGUACAAGUUUGAGCACUUUAAUGCAUAGGCAAGUUGACUAUGGGUUGGCAAUACUCUAACUUGCUAAUUGGAUUUGCUAUUGUUAAUGACUUAUUCAUUGUAUUUAUUCACUUACAAAUUUGGUGGUAUUUCGGUUGCUGCAGGGAGUAAUAGGGCAGUUUCAGGCAGUAGAGUGAUGUUAAAAGUGGGUUUUGGAUUAAGAUACAAGUUUUAUGGGAUAGGUUUCUAUUUUUCUAGUAUCUAUAUUUAUUGUACUGUUCUUUUUUUCCAAAAAAGAAAGAAAAGAAAAAAAGACAAUGAAGAUCAGGCUUGAAACGAAUGCACAAAUGUAUACAUUAAACAUAAAUGCAUUUCUGAUAUUCAUAAAGACCUAAGACAGUUUACCUAUUCCUAAUGGUCGUAACCUUUCACGUGGUCAAGCUCAAAUUAAUCCCUUUUAUGAUUUUUUGAAGUGUAAUUUGUUGAUACCAAUCUACAAAAACCAUAUUUUAUUAAAACAAUUUUCUUUCCUUUAUGUUUUUAUUUUCUUUUCUUUUUAUGUCAGUGCAACUGUUUUACAAUCUUCAUUGUAUCUUACGUUUAUCUUUAUAGUAGCCAAUAUGCAGAUACUGUACGGGACAACUCGACAUUAAACAUUUGUUGACAUCAAUGCA